CGGACGGCGGAGCACGCAGCAGACACGCAGCGGAGCCGGUCCGCAGACGUUACACAUCUGGUGAUCCGGAGUUACAGUAGGCACAGACUUUGGUCACCACCUAGUCAAAUCAUGAUCACUGAGACACGGAACAUCCAACAGAGCUCCAUGAUGCUUUUCCACACAGAUGGAAAGUGCCUUAAACCUCAUCUCAGAACACUCCGUCUUUUGGGUUUCACUCUUCUCCUAACAUACUUCUGUAGAGGUCAAUCUCAGCUGAUUGGCUCACCAAUAAUAGCAACACUUGGUAAUGACAUCAUCUUACCAUGUCAACUGGAGCCUGUGGAAGAUGCUACUGACUUGACAUUGGAGUGGACGAGGUCUGACCUGGACCCCAGAUUUGUCCAUGUGUGGCGUUCUGGGAAAGAACUUGUGAGUAAAAAACACAAAUCCUUCGAAGGAAGAACAUCGCUGUUCCUCGAUGAGCUGAUGUUUGGAAACAUUUCACUGAAACUGUCCAAAGUGAAACUCGCUGAUCGGGGAACAUACAGAUGUUUUAUUCCAGCACUGGACAAGCAGUCUUUUGUUCAACUAGAUGUUGGUGCUGUUUCCUCACCAGUCAUCAGUUUAGCUGGGACUGACAAAGGAGGAGUGGUUCUACAGUGUGAGUCUAAAGGCUGGUAUCCAGAACCUGAGGUGUUGUGGCUGGACGGUGAGGGAAACCUCCUCUCUGCUGGACCUCCAGAGACAGUCAGAGGUCCUGAUGAUCUCUAUACUGUCAGCAGCAGAGUGACUGUGGAGAAGAGACACAGCAACAGCUUCACCUGUAGAGUCCAGCAGAAGAACAUCAACCAGACCAGAGAGACAGCAAUUCUUAUAUUAGAUGAUUUCUUUGAGGUCCAGUCCAGUUCUUCUUCCACCAUCACUGGCUUGGCUGUUAGUUUGUCUGUUUUUGUCAUCCUGUUUAUUCUGUUACUUCUGUUUUCUGUGUGGAAAUGGAGACAAAAAAAAACCAACACAAAGAUAAGUCACAGGGAUGAAAAUGAUGAAGAAGAAAACAGAACUAAUGAUCCAGAAGAAACUGAGGCUUUUACGGGAGAAAAGGUAAAGAAGAUCAAAUUUGAGCAGCAGAGGAGGGAGGAAGCUGAGAGAGAAAAUCAGACUCUGAAAGAGGAGCUGGAGACCAAGAAGAAGGAGGUUUGUCUUUAAAGAAUGUGACUUUCAGUUCAAAGUCACAUUCUUUGUCAUCCACAGUAAACAAGAUCAAACUUACAAAAGUCAUAUGAGAGGAGAGAGAGAGAGAUUGACCAAAAAUACAGAGACAAAAGCUCAUAAGAAACUGACAGUGACAAACCAUGUUGUUCAUAAGUCUUAUAAUGGAAGGGGAUACAAAUGUGAGAGGUUUAAUUUGCUGAGUCUAGUACCAACCACUGCAGACGUAUAAAGUUUUUAUUGAACUGAGACUCAAAAUUCACCUUCCAAAUUAUUUUGGUAGAUAAUUAUAUUACAUUAAAAGCUUACAUUUCUCAAAUGCACUGAAGUUCAAAUGCUGCAAAAAUCAGAGAUA